AUGAUGUGCCGUGUGGGCAAAGAUGUCGCUGGUUUCAUUCAGAUGGACGACGACGGCGUGACCCUCGAACAGUGCUUCACGUACAAGGGCCGCACAGGGUUCCCGGCCGCCAUUCCCACUGCCCAACUGGGAGCCUUUUGUUACAAUGUUUCGGGCUUGGCCCACGCUCACGGCGUGGUCCACGACAUCGAGCUCGUGAGCAGCAGAUACAUCGACCACAUCCACGGCGCCACAGAUCCCAAAACAGAAGCAACAGAUACAGUGGUUCGAACUAUCGUCGACGUCGGCCACGUUCUCGCAAGAGAAGUUAUUACAGGGGUACCGCGUAUGGCCGGUACUACGAUAAUCGACAUGAUCGAUAUAAUUCGUCAUCUACCCAAAGGCCUCGGUCUCGUUUGCCUCCUCCUCGUCGCCGCCUCGAAACUCAGCCGGCAGCACCCAGCGCAGCAACAGUGCCUAAUUAUGAUGAUAUGGACAAGGAUGAUUUAUUUGGUGCUCUUCUCGCAGAGGAGAGAGGUUUAG